UCUCUCUCUCUUGGUCGCUCGUUCUCAAAGGACAAAAACCAAAAGGAUUUUUCUUUUUCAAGAGGAAGAAGAAGAGAGAGAUAUUGAAGAGCGCUGAAGGCGGAAAAGACUGUUUUGACCUCGUCGUCUCCGUAGAUCAUUUUUCUUCAGCUCUUCUUCUUCCUCUUUUGCCGAUUCUUCUCCGAUUCUCCUUCUUCGAUUUUAUCUACCCGCCAUGAACGAGAAAGCCAACGUCUCCAAGGAGCUUAAUGCCCGCCAUAGAAAGAUUCUUGAAGGGCUUCUUAAACAUCCAGAGAACAGGGAAUGUGCUGACUGUAAAACAAAAGGUCCAAGAUGGGCUAGUGUUAAUUUAGGUAUCUUUAUCUGCAUGCAAUGUUCUGGGAUUCACAGGAGUCUUGGGGUACACAUAUCAAAGGUUCGAUCUGCCACUCUGGACACAUGGCUCCCCGAGCAGGUUGCAUUUAUACAGUCUAUGGGAAAUGAGAAAGCAAAUAGUUACUGGGAAGCAGAGCUACCCCCAAACUAUGAUAGAGUUGGAAUUGAGAAUUUCAUACGUGCAAAGUAUGAAGAGAAGAGAUGGGUUUCUAGAGGGGAAAAGGGUAGAUCACCCCCUAGAGUCGAGCAGGAACGACGGAAAUCUGUGGAGAGAAGCGGGCCUGGAUAUGAGCAUGGGCACAGUAGUAGUCCUGUAAAUUUGUUUGAGGAGAGGAAAACUAUUCCAGUAUCUAGAACAAGAAAUAAUGUUGGUGCAACAAGGAUAAGUCUUCCCGUGCCUCCCCAAGGACCCAGUCAGGUUAUAAAGCCACAGCAGAAAAUGGAGUCUGCAGCCGCUCCAGUGGAGACGGAGAAACAAGCAGUAAAUGUUGCACCAGCAUCAGAUCCUCCAAAGGUGGAUUUUGCUACUGAUCUCUUUAACAUGCUAUCAAUGGAUGAGGCAACUCCUGCCGAUGAGGCAACUCCUGCCGAUGAUAAUUCAUGGGCUGGCUUUCAGUCUGCUGGAAGUGGUCAAACGGCAGAGAAAAUUGUCACAGCGAAGCCUGCUGAGAGCAGUUCUCCUCCAGCUCCAGCUACUGGGAUUGAGGAUUUGUUUAAAGACACACCUAAUUUAACAACCCAACAAGCACCAAAAGAUGUGAAAGGUGAUAUCAUGAGCCUGUUUGAGAAGACGAAUAUAGUAUCGCCUUUUGCCAUGCAUCAGCAACAGGUUGCUAUGCUCGCUCAGCAGCAAGCCCUUUACAUGGCUGCAGCGAAAGCUGCUGGAGGCACUCCAAACGGCGUGAAUCAACAAGCUAUUGCUAAUGCUCUUAACGUAGCUUCUGCAAAUUGGUCAAACACCGGUGGGUACCAGAUCCCCGGAAUGACUAACCCCGUAGGUGGUCAAGCUGAUCUCCAGAAACUUAUGCAAAACAUGAAUAUGAACGCAAACAUGAACAUGAGACCCGCACAACCGCAAGAGAACACGCUACAAUACCCAUCGUCCAGUUUCUACACGAUGGGACAAGCUAAUCAAGUGAACGGUAUGACCCCAAACUCAACCGGUAAACCUCAGUCAUCAUCCGCGGCACAACCAACAAGCACCACACCAUCUUCACAAUCAGGCAAAGACUUUGAUUUCUCUUCCUUGAUGGAUGGAAUGUUCACAAAACAUUGAUCAAGAGAGAGACUUUUUCCGAAUUUGCCUUUUCAUCUUUGUUCCAAAUUUGAAGAACCAAAAGAAUAUAUAUACAAUCAUCUCUGGACAGUUGUUAAACAUAUUUUUUUUCCCUAUGGACCUGUGUUGUAGCAGGGCUUUGAUUUAUGAUUUUACUCGAUUGACGAAAAAUUAAUAGAUGUAAUUCUUGAGAAGAAAGAAAAAUGAGAUUUGUAUU